AUGGACGUAGCUAUCUUUGGGGCUGCCUGUUCACCAAGUAGUCCCCAGUAUAUAAAAAAUCUGAACGCCAAAGAUUUCGAAGCAGUGUAUUCACGGGCAGAUGAAGCCAUCGUGCGCCGUCAUUAUGUGGACGAUUACCUGGAUUACCUCGAUAGCUUCGGAGCCGUCGAGGAAGUGGUAGAGAUUGGUCGUCAAGUGAAGAGUAUACACGCUGCUGAAAGUGGAUUCGAGCUCCGGAAUUUCUUGUCAAACGAUACAACGAUAGCAGCACGGGUUGGAGAUGAAUCGCAGGAGGCGGAAAAAAGAAUCAGCGUGGAAAAGGAUGAUCGGAUAGAAUCCGUCCUAGGAAUGAAGUGGAUCCCAAGUAGCGACACCUUCACAUUCACUGUUUGCCUCCAUGACAAUCUGCGACACGUUCUUGAAGAGUCACACGUUCCUACGAAACGAGAAGUCUUACGCACCGUAAUGAGCUUCUUCGACCCGAUGGGACUCAUAUCGUUUUUCGUGAUCCACGGGUGCAUCUUGAUGCAGGCAAUCUGGGCAACAGGAAUCAGCUGGGAUGAUCCGAUCGAUGGAAAGAGUUGGCUACAGUGGAAGAAGUGGAUCGAGCUGAUUUCGGAAUUGAGCACUCUUCGAAUCCCACGUUGCUACUUCGAAGAUGCCACAGAAGAGAGUUAUUGCAAGUUGCAGAUCCAUGUAUUCGUCGAUGCGAGCCAAUCAGCCUAUGCAUAUGCAGUGUAUUUCCGAGUUGAAACACCAGAAGGUCCGGCAGUUAGCCUAGUAAUGGUAAAAUCCAAAGUAGCACCGUUGAAGAUGUUGACGAAACCUCAACUCGAAUUGCAAGCUGGCACCCGUCUGCACAAUAGUGUGAUCACCGUGCAUACACUCAAGGCAACGAAGCGCGUAUUAUGGACUGACUCAAAUACAGUUCUUGCCUGGAUACGAUCAGAUCAGCGGCGGUAUCGCCAAUACGUUGGAUUUAGGAUCGGUGAAAUUCUAUCGAUGACGGACGCCGACGAAUGGAGGAAGGUGCCAUCGAAAGAGAAUGUAGCUGACGACGCAACGCAGUGGGGAAAUGGACCGGCCGUUCGCUCCGGAAAUCGGUGGUUUCAAGGACCGGAAUUUCUUCGACAAUCCGAGGACAAUUGGCCAGGUGGUAGUGAACGAAACGAACCAACGCAGGAGGAACUAAUGGCGUUGAAUGUUCAUGAUGAAGCAGUGGAGCCAGCGCUAGUAGACGUAAAUAUAUUCAGCGUUCCUCACAUGGGAGGAGUGUGGGAGCGUAUGGUUCGCUCAAUGAAAGUGGCUAUAGGUGGUAUUCUGGAAGCGCAGCGAAGACCAGACGACGAAGUUUUGGAGACGGUCAUCAUCGAGGCGGAAGCAAUGAUAAAUUCGCGGCCGCUAACGUAUAUACCUCUGGAAUCUGACGUGCAGGAGUCUCUUACUCCAAAUCAUUUCCUGUUGGGGAGCUCAAACGGAGUCAAGCAACAGCCAGUACUACCAACGGACUACCAAGCAACCCUGAGGAACGGAUGGAAGUGCAACAUUUGUCGGAUGGAAUAUGGAGAGGAUUGA